CCCUUGCUCGUAAACUUAACCUGAUUACUGUAAUAAGCCCUUACUGAGACAAUUUCUUCCCUCUUUUUUCUGUUACUAGGGAAGAAGAAACGGGUGAAAAGAACAAAAUGGCGAGUGAAGGAGAGGUAAUGGUUGAAUCUGCAGGAGCUGCGGCACCAGUUGCAGAGAUGGGGGAGACGAAACCUAAGCAUCGGCUGGAGCGAAAGUGGACGUUUUGGUUUGAUAACCAAUCGAAGCCCAAGCAGGGUGCUGCUUGGGGAUCCUCUCUUCGCAAAGGUUACACCUUUGAUACCGUCGAAGAGUUCUGGUGCUUGUACGAUCAGAUAUUUCGACCCAGUAAGUUUCCUGCGAAUGCCGAAUUUCACUUGUUCAAAACUGGGAUUGAGCCCAAAUGGGAAGACCCCGAAUGUGCCAAUGGAGGAAAGUGGACUGUUACCAGCAGCAGAAAGACAAACCUUGAUGCCAUGUGGCUUGAAACUCUGAUGGCUCUGAUUGGCGAGCAAUUUGAGGAAAGUGAUGAGAUCUGUGGUGUGGUUGCAAGCGUGCGCCAGCGGCAGGACAAGGUUGCAUUAUGGACUAGAACUGCUUCCAAUGAAGCUGUUCAGAUGGGCAUUGGGAGGAAGUGGAAAGAGAUCAUUGAUGUCACUGAUAAGAUCUCAUACAACUUCCAUGAUGAUUCAAGGAGGGAAAAAUCGAAUAGAGUUCGAUACAAUGUGUGAGCACUGAGCAAUACUUCAUCACAUCAUUUUCUGUCCUAGUUGUAAGCUGUGAUGAUUUUUCAUAUUGAUCUAUUCAACAAAAAGUAUGAGUGUUAUAAUUGUAAUACACCUUUUGGAUAAGCCUAGUGUUUUACCAUAUUGAUAAUUCCAUCUCCUGUUCUUUGUCAA